GGAGGGAGGCGUUUAUGUAGAACGGUUGGCGGCGAUUAGAAAUUAGUCCGAUUUGAGCCUGUCAGGGUUUAGGUUGUUACUUUGGAACCUGGUGGAGCUUCGCCACUAUAACAUCGCUUGGAAAUGGCUGACCAACUGACAGAAGAACAAAUUGCAGAGUUCAAAGAAGCAUUCUCACUAUUUGAUAAGGAUGGAGAUGGCACUAUCACUACAAAAGAACUUGGAACAGUUAUGAGAUCGCUUGGCCAAAACCCUACAGAAGCAGAAUUGCAGGAUAUGAUUAAUGAAGUAGAUGCUGAUGGAAAUGGAACUAUUGACUUUCCAGAAUUUUUGACUAUGAUGGCUAGAAAAAUGAAAGAUACAGAUAGUGAAGAGGAGAUCAGAGAAGCAUUCCGUGUGUUUGACAAGGAUGGAAAUGGCUAUAUAAGUGCAGCAGAACUUCGCCAUGUAAUGACCAACCUGGGGGAGAAGUUAACUGAUGAAGAGGUUGAUGAAAUGAUCAGGGAAGCAGAUAUUGAUGGCGAUGGACAAGUAAAUUAUGAAGAGUUUGUACAAAUGAUGACAGCAAAGUGAAGACUGUACAGAAUGUGUUUAAUUUUCUUGUACAAAGAUGUUUAUUUGCCUUUCUUCGUUUGUAACUUAUCUGUAAAAUGUCCCCCUUAAUGUCAAAAUGCAUGUAUAGAAAUUUAGAAAUCCAUCCAUGUUCCCAUCACUUUUGUAUAUUUUCUUAUGGGCGUUGGUCAAGUAAACAAAUGUUGCAUGUGGCUUACUUUAAAUUUUAUGAAAGUCCUCUGCACAUAAGAGCUAGAUUGAUCAAAGGAUGGCUUAAACAGUUUAAACACUUCCUUUUUUCAUAUACUGUGGACUCCUUGGCCUACCUUUAUGGUUGGGUUUCUUCAAAUAUCUGGUCUGCUUAUGUAGAUUUUAUAAUUUCUCAACUUCAGUCCAAGAACUGGAUAGUUCUUAAUGAUAUCCCUGCUUGGGUUGAUUGGUAGUUCAGUCACUGAUUUUGCCUGUGCUCAUGCAAAUAUCCUUUAGAUAAAACUGUCUUGUUGAGGACUGGAAUUAAGAAAUAUGGGGUAAGAGUAAGCAUACAGAAAAUUAAAUUUUGGGUUGCACUAAUGCAAAACUGAUGUAACAAUGUCUCAUUCACUUUGUUUUUCCUAUUUGCUCUUGUCUUGCGUAUGGAAGAUUGUCAUUUUCUUAUCACUUGCUGAUGUGAAGGGUCUACAUUAUCUUUAUUGUGCAGCAAUUUGAAGGCCCUUCCAACAGUUAAGUUUACCCUCUUUUUUUUUUUUUCUUUUUCUUAGCCACUUUCCAGAAAAAACUGCUUUUAUGGCACAACUUGCCUCAAAUCCAUUCCAAGUUGUAUAUUUGUUUUCCAAUAAAAAAAAUAAUUUA